CAGCCACCAAGACCCGAUCUAGCACCAUCAACUCCAGCAAGCUCCCACCGAACCAACGACAAAACCCUUGGAAUUGAAGACGCACUUUACGGAACAUAAUACUACCAUCGCUGCAGCUCCCCCAAUCAUGUCUGCGGAAGAAGAGCGCCAGGCGGCCCUCAACGCCUACCGGACGAAGCUCAUCGAAUCCCGCGAAUGGGAGGCAAAGCUCAAGAACCUACGACUAGAGAUCAAAGACCUCCAGAAGGAAUAUGACCGGACAGAGGAGAACAUCAAAGCGCUGCAGAGUGUAGGACAGAUUAUUGGUGAAGUCCUGAAGCAGCUGGAUGAUGAGAGAUUCAUCGUCAAGGCGUCAUCUGGUCCCCGGUAUGUCGUGGGCUGCAGAUCCAAGGUCGACAAGACGAAGAUGAAGCAAGGCACACGUGUCGCGCUCGAUAUGACGACGCUCACGAUCAUGCGUAUGCUCCCGCGAGAGGUCGAUCCGCUAGUCUACAACAUGUCACUGGAAGACCCUGGCCAGGUCAGCUUUGCAGGAAUUGGUGGACUUAACGACCAGAUUCGUGAGCUGAGAGAGGUUAUCGAGCUUCCCUUGAAGAAUCCAGAGCUCUUCCUCAGAGUAGGCAUCAAGCCACCCAAGGGUGUCUUGCUCUACGGUCCUCCCGGAACAGGGAAAACCCUUCUAGCCAGAGCCGUUGCAAGCAGUCUGGAGACAAAUUUCCUGAAAGUUGUUUCGUCGGCCAUUGUCGACAAGUAUAUAGGAGAGUCUGCGAGGUUGAUCCGAGAAAUGUUUGGUUAUGCCAAAGAGCACGAGCCGUGCAUCAUCUUCAUGGACGAAAUCGAUGCCAUCGGAGGACGACGAUUUUCUGAGGGUACAAGUGCCGAUCGUGAGAUCCAGAGAACCUUGAUGGAGCUCCUCAACCAGCUGGACGGAUUCGACUACUUGGGCAAGACAAAGAUUAUCAUGGCUACGAACAGACCGGAUACCCUGGACCCCGCGCUGCUGCGUGCUGGUCGUCUGGACCGAAAGAUUGAGAUCCCGCUACCAAAUGAGGUUGGACGGCUGGAGAUUCUCAAGAUCCAUGCCUCUUCUGUUGUCAUCGAUGGCGAUAUCGACUUUGAAAGCGUCGUCAAGAUGAGCGACGGAUUGAAUGGAGCUGACUUGCGAAAUGUGGUCACUGAAGCUGGUCUGUUUGCCAUUAAAGAUUACCGAGAGUCGGUUAACCAGGAUGAUUUCAACAGGGCGGUGCGUAAGGUGAUGGAGGCGAAGAAGCUGGAGGGCAAGCUCGAGUAUCAGAAGCUGUAAGAGCAUUUCAAGGGAGGGUCAUUGAGAAGGUUUUUCUGGCGCCAGUGAAAAGAAGCAUACCGAUAUGGGUACUUUUUAGGACUGUAUAAUAAUGAAAUGAUGUAGAUGCAAAUGCCGAGUGAGCUCUUGGCAUAGGAAUGACAUGCAUCAGCAACUACCUGGCAUUAUCGGACUCCGCCUCCUAAAGGGAUCUAUCUGUUGAUACUGGUGAUGGGCCCUGGUAUUGGGGGACAUGGUGUUGAUGGGUAAGGCUGACGUGCUUGUAGAUAUUUGCGGAAUAGGAGUGCUACAGGAUUACAGAGGCUUGGCAUUGUUUCUUUGACGUUUCUAAUAAAGUACCUAGUAGUAG